CAAAUGCAUAGGAAGAUGACUUCUCUGAAGAGCCCCUUGUUCUGCACAGAGAAACUAGACAGGGUUCAAACAACCCUGGACUCCAGUUUGCACUGGCCAGAAGGCUUGAAGGGUGAAGAGAUAAAGAAAUACAGUUGAGAAGGGACACUACAAAGUAAAUACAAUCAGCAAUACCACAAGCUGUUCAAGGACGUCCCCUUGGAAGAGGUGGCUCUCAAAGUGUGUUCCUGUGCUCUCCAGAGGGACCUCCUUCUUCAGGGCUGGUUCUAUAUCUCCCCCAACUGGCUCUGCUUCCAUGCCAGCCUCUUUGGCAAGGAUAUCAAGGUGGUCAUUCCUGUGGUGUCUGUGCAAAUGGUCAAAAAAUACAAGAUGGCAUGACUCCUUCCCAAUGGCCUGGCCAUCACCACCAACACUAGCCAGAAGUAUGUCUUUGUGUCACUGCUAUCCCGGGACAGUGUAUAUGACAUGCUGAGGAGGGUCUGCAUUCACCUACAGCCUUCCAGCAAGAAGAGUCUGAGUGUAAGAGAAUUUUCAGAGGAACCUGAGUGCGAGUCUCUGGAAGUCCUUAUCCCUGAGAUGAAGUGGAGAAAAAUAUGCCCUGCCUCCAGGUCCCUGUCCCUCCCAGGCAGUAUCCCUUGUAUCCCUCCAGCAUCCAUGGACUCCCCAGACAGCUCCUUCUCCUCCAGGAAACCUCCAGGGUCUGAAAAUGCUAUCUGUGAGGAAGAGACACUGGAGGAGGAACCCGGGAGCAAUGAAGAGCUGAGGCUCUGGAAUUACCAGCUCCUCAAGGUCAUCUUCAUACUGAUCUGCUUCUUGGUCAUGUCCUCAUCUUAUCUGGCAUUCUGCAUUUCCCUGCUGGAACAGCAGUUAUGCUCCCUUAAUCGGGAUGGCCCAACUCCUGGGCACAGGUGA